AUGGUGGGAGACUUUAUAGGGCACACCGGCUGCCGGCAGCUGUCGCAGCUGCUCGCGGUCAUCGUCUUCUUCCACAGCUCGGAGUUUGUUCUGGCCAUCGCCAUUCAUGGCAGAUCCAAGUUCUCCUCGACCUGUAAGUAGCCUCUCCGUUCCUUCUUCACCGAUAUUUUAUGGCCAAUUAUGUGCCCUCCGUCACCUAUUCAGGGAUUCAGAUCGCAAUUGACCUCGUCGUCGGUGAGAUGUGCAUUAACUCCGUGAAGAGAGGGUCCAACGGAUGUACGACGAUCUAUGUGGAUGGGAUCGAACGUGAUGUUUAGAUCGAUUUGAAUUCGUGUUGAUCGAAUUCCGGAAUCGUGCAGGUUCCUCUCGGGGAUUCCUUCCAGAAUGGAAUCCUUAAUCAGGAAGCAAGAGGCGUACUCCGUAAAGUUUCCUUCUGGAUGGUAGAAAGCACUGCCGGUGGUUAAGAGGAGACUUGAUCAGACAGGAAAGGGAUUGGAAGACGUGAAAGAUGGAAGAUCAUAGGAUGUAAUUGGCAUAGCACGUCUGGUCUCCACCCUGGGGUUGAAGCGUGGAUUUUUCGUUUGAAGAAAACAUUGCAAAUGCGUAGAUUUCUCAAGGAUCAUGGGCUCCAUCCCAAUUACCCACGUUCAAAGCACCGUAGAAAUUGGUGAUAGAAAGUACAAAUCAUUAGAGAGCCUGGCAUUAAUGAUGUGUGGUUAUCCUUCCCCUCUUCUUAAAAAUGAACACAUAAAUUGUCCAAACCUAGAAACUUAUCAUGAUGCUCACAUCUCUUUGAAAACUUAUCAUCAAGGGAGUCAGUUGUUGAGUUCUUUAGAACAAAUUAACUGGAAUGAAUGAUUCAAAAUGAAAUAUCCGAUCUCGCUAGGCUUAGCUUUUGCAGAUUUUACGGCGAAGAAAUGCCAUAGUUUUUAAGCAAAUGGGCAUUAAAAUUAGCUCAGCUGUGAUUCCCAAAGAGCUACAUUAAGUAGGAAGAAAACAACAGAGGAGAAACUUUAAUGGAGUAAACGGUGGAUAAGAAGUAGAGAUGAGGAAUACCCUGAAUCUAUCACUGACAGAGAAUCAGAAAUUAAACACUGAGACUUUAAUUUCAUGCAGUUCAGAUGCAGUAAUUCUGGUUUUAACUUUGGAAAUCUUUUGGUAUCUUUUCCAGCGCUCCUGAUAAGCAAGCAAUACAUAAUCGCGAUGGUUUGUGCAUUGUUGGAGUAUGCUAUAGAGCUUGUGAUGUUCCCAGAAUUGAAAGAGCACUGGUGGGUGAGCAACUUUGGCCUUUUGCUGGUGGUGAUUGGAGAGGCUAUACGGAAGGCUGCUGUUCUCACUGCUGGACGUUCUUUCACGCAUACGAUCAAAAUCCAGCGUGAACAGCACCAUCAAUUGGUUACUCAUGGAAUUUAUCGGUAAUUAUUUAUGUUGAACUUUGCUUUAGUUUUUAGGACUUUUAACACUCUGAAAGAAUUGUGAUUGCAUAUUGAACUCAUCUGUUGGCCUCGUCAGCUCAAAGUAGUCAUAAAGUAUUGUUGUGGGAUAUUGGAAUAAUUUAUUGGCAGUAGCGACAGUGAUAUGGCUUUAUUGCAUUAAAGUGCAUGCGAAUAUGUAUUACAAUCUCCACUUCCAAGCUCCUUUAGGCUCUUCUUUCGUUAUUUUAAGAGGGAUGUACUUUUUUGACUCCCCUGCUUGAGGAAGACUGAAAGAUGGCAUGCAUUACUUCAUAAUAAGGCCAUAAUAAUGGCGUCCGAAAACUAUUUAAUGAGCUGUAAAUUGAGAAACGUUGCUACGAGGUCUCUGUGGGAAAAAAUUAUAUUCCAUUGAUUGAAUGUGCACUUAUGUAGUAAUUUUGUUGUGUCCGUGAAUGUUGGAAGUACCUUUUGUGCAUAAAUGCGAUUUCCAAGGCAAAAAAAACCUGUAUAUGAUUUAUUGGCUUAUUAGAUAAUAGAGAAAAAUCAACUAGAAAACUUUUGAUCCCCAGAAAAGCCCAUGCAAAAUGUCAAUCCAAAAUCCAUCACUGUGCUCGUUCUACACAAGCUUGUACCACCAACGUGUGAAGAAGGCCCUGAUUUAGGCAUGAAUUGGCUUGUAUACACAGUUGGGAAUCAUUUUCCGGGAACCCCUGACCUCCCCACCUCCUCCUCCCUCCGGAGUGAGAAAGAGUGGCAACAAUUUACUCACUGUGUUUGUUUCUCGACAGAUUCAUCCGUCAUCCAGGGUACUGCGGGUUCUUCUUAUUUGCAAUUGGCACGCAGGUGAUGCUCUGCAGUCCCAUCUCCAUAGUCGCCUUUGCAGUAGUCACAUGGCGGUUCUUCUACACGAGAAUACCGUACGUUCUUGAAUCCGCCGCCCUCCUGGUUAUUGCAUCGCUGCUGCUUUCUGAUUUCCAUUGAAAAUGGCUCAAAACCCAGGUACGAGGAGUUCUUCCUGAAGCAGUUCUUCGGGUUCGAGUACAUCCAAUAUGCGGCGCAGGUCCCGUCCGGGCUACCCUACAUCAGGUGA